CCCCAUCUCUCUCCCUCUCUCAGUGAUCUUCCCGAUGGCGAUGCUUGUAGAUAUAGACACCAAAACCGAGUUAGGGUUUCCGUACUGGAAACCGAUUCGUCGUCGUUUUGGCCCCGAAUCUCCUUUCUUCUCUUCUGGCAACAUCGAGAGAGAACUCCUCGCCAAACAGGUUGCGUUAGAUUUAAGUGAAGAUGAAAAGCAUAGGCUGCAGGAUUUGAUAGACGAGGAUGGAAGUAGGGAGGUGGUUUGUCCGAUUGUUGGUUGUGGUGCACACUUGAUAUCCUUGGAACACUUUGAAGAUCAUUAUAAUGGACGGCACACUGCGUCGUGUUCGGUUUGCUCCAGAGUUUACCCAACGUCGCUCCUGCUCAGCAUUCAUGUGUCUGAAGCACAUGACUCUUUCUUUCAGGCAAAAGUUGCACGCGGUUAUGCCAUGUAUGAAUGUCUGGUGGAAGGUUGUGGUUUAAAAUUCAAGAAUUACAAGGGUAGGCAACAGCAUCUGGUAGAUAAACACAAGUUCCCUAGUUCAUUUGAAUUCUUCAAGAAAGCCCACCUAUCCAAGAAAGCAAGACAGAAGCAACAUCGCAAACAAGCUAUUCAUAGAAGCGAGGAAACUUCCAGCAAAAUGGACAUAGAAGGCGAAACCAUUGAUGGCCUUGUUUCAGCAGUAUCUAAGUUAAGCACUUCAGAUUCCUCUCCUUCUUCAAUCAGCUUUGGCCGCCGCAACACUCGUGGCCUCACAUUUGUCCCUCGAGCGGUUCAGCGAGAGAAAAAGGCAGAUUCUGUGCCAACAGGAGGGAAGCAAUAGCCAGAACACUUGUAAAUACCUUGUCUGCAUGUAAUUGUGGGACUGAUUACUUGAGAGUUGGAAAUAGCCAUCCACGAAUGCAAGUCUGAAAGUUGAAUUUGUGGAAAAGCCGAUGCCUAGUUUUCGUUUAAAUCCCACAUUUUGUCAUGCAUUAUUAGGUUCUGAUAAUUGCAUUCAUACUACACCAAAUUUAUUUGUUAUGUCUUUUCAUGAA